AUGCAUCAGCCAUUGGGUUUACGUGACCCUCAUCAUCCAGACUAUAUCUGUCGUUUGAAGAAGUCACUUUAUGGUCUCAAGCAAGCGCCCAGAGCAUG